AUGUCUGCACAAGCAGACGCCAUUAUGAACAUUGAGACAAUUGUGUUGUCGUCCGACGACGAGAACACUACAUCAAAUGUGGUAGUAAUAUCAGAUAGCGAAAACGAGGAAGAGGAAGAAGAGUUAAACUCGAGAAUUCCGUCGUCGCCGCAACCACCGUCAUCACCAUCGCAGCCACCAUCGCUGACAACCUUUAAUAUUAUUACCACCUCAUCAGAUGUGGUAAUAAUAUCGAGUGACGAGAACGAGGAGGAAAAAGAGUUAAACUCGACAAUUCCGUCGUCGCCGCAACCACCAUCAUCACAGUCGGAGCCACCUUCAUCGCCGUCAUCGUCAUCGUGGUGGUCGUCACGAACCACGUCGUCGUCGUCACGUUUAUGGUCGUCAUGGAUGUACAAAUCCUCGUCGUCGCUGCCAUCCUCGUCGCCAGCGCACCCGUCUUCGUUGGAAGGAAUUUCGCCGGUGUUGCUGCUAUUGUCGUCGUCUGAGCGAAAAGUAAUCAGACCCACCGCUGUUCCUCCUCGCGUCCUCCCACGAAUAACUGAAGAUCGUAUAGUGAGAUGGACAGUGACGCCAGCAGUAUUAGAGGAAAUGGUACUAACACCGCUACCACUACCGGCGCUAAUGGAGCAGCUGUCUUCCACCACGCCAUCACCAACGGCCAUCAUCAUUGCGGCUACCGUCACCGCAACCCUCACCACAACUACCACCACAACCACUACUGCCGCCGCCGCCGUCACCACCACCACUAUCACGACGACCAUCAGACGACAGCAACAGGAAAGCCUCUAUGCCAUGCCCAUCCGCGAUCAUUACGCGUCGAGUGAUGGUAUAGAGAUCUCAUAUGAUAUUGAUUCUAUUCUCGUUUGCGCGGUAACACCGAAGCCGUUUACCAUGAAUGAAGGCUUUACCGUGACUCUAAAGCCUUCGAGCACGGUAUUACUGGCGACAAACUCUAAAUAUGGCUCGUAA